AUGUUAAUGGAUUUAAAAGAAAGAGUUGAUAAACUUAACGAUAUAUGUAUGGAUAUUAAUAAUCAAGUAGAUGAUAUGAUAGUAACGUUAAAUGCGUAUAAUUGUGAUAAAAAUGAUACGCUAUAUGUGAUUACCAUUCGUUCGGUUAAUUUUAUCAUGCACUUUUUUCAACAAAUAUAUGCUAUCGUUAUUUCAAUUACAAAGGUAUAUUUAUCAAAAGUUUCAUGCAAUUGA